AUCGCCGUUUGAAGCUCCGGAGUGCUGGGCCUGCUACAACAACAUCGCGGGGCUGUGGUUUGAAGAACAUCCAGCACGGGAGGCGAUGACUUCAACAUCGUGGUGCCCUGGGGCACUUUGUCGAGAGCCUCCAGCGUGGGUCUCCGCUCGGCGCAGCCUGUGGACUUCGGGAGCCGCAGACUUCGGAAGGAAGUGGGCGAUUCGGAGGUCCAAGCGCUGAGGUUGUUCUCCCGUUCCGACAUCGGAGUUCCAUCACCCCGGCGAGAGGGCCUGAGCAUCGGGCCGUCCGUAGCGGCGACUAUGGAGGGCUGCGGAGGGCUCGGGAGGUCCCGACCAUGGGUGUACAUCAAAGAGGAGGAUGACUGAACUUUAGGCCUUCCCUCACAGUAGGACAGGGGAUAUUUAUGUUAAAAUACUAUUGUGUUUUGUUAUUUUUUUUAUUCAUAUGAUGACCCCCAAAUUUCACUGUAACAAUUGGUGCAUGUGACAAUAAAUGUCUCUUGAAUCUCUCUUGAAUCUAUACAUGAUAGACACAAAAUGCUGGAGUAACUCAGCGGGACAGGCAGCAUCUCUGGAUAGAAGGAAUCAGUGAUGUUUUCGGUCAGACUACACUCAUCAUGAACAUACUGCACUGCAUCCACUUGUUCCAUUCAAGGUCUCAGCUGCCUCUCUUGUACUCCAUCUCCAUCUGGUAGCCAUGCCCUCCUGUGCAGUGUUGGAAAUACAUCUUUUACCAUGUCUUCCAGUAACUCUGGGGUGUAUAAACACAUGGGGUGUAUAAACUCUGGAACGAGUUUCAGCUCAUAUUUCAUAGUCCUCUACAGAGGGCAUGGCAACUUAGACUAGCUAGAGACAAAAUUUAGCUUUUUGCAGAUGCAUAGAAGAUAUCCUCGGCAUGGCACAUAAGAACUUAACGCGCAUUCUGCACCUGAUGGCACGGCAUAGAUAAUCACAGCAUGAUCCCAAGACUUAUCAAUUUUGCUCCCUAUAGAUUUUAUGAAGAUAGAUUGCAAGUUAUUGUUAGGGCUAGUAACAAACAAAAUCUUUCAAUAGGCACAAAUAUGUAGUUAUUUCAGGCCUGAGAGUCUGACGAAGUUCAUAAUUCAUAAGUUCCAGGAGCAGAAUUAGGCCAUUCGGCCCAUCAAAUCUACGCCGCCAUUCAAUCAUGGCUGAUCUAUCUUUCCAUCGCAACUUCACCCCAUAACCCCUGACAUCCAUACUAAUCAAGAAUCUGUCAAUCUCCGUCAUAAAAUAUCCAUUGACUUGGUCUUCGCAGCCUUCUUUGGGUUCCCACCCAAAACGUGGUGGUCCAUUCCUUCCACAGAUGCUGACUGAGCCGCUGUAUUCCUCCAGCACUUCGUGUUUUGUUCAAGACUCCAGUGUCCCUUCUGUCUGAAUAUCGAAGUAUUUUUUUUAUUACAACGAAUCAAGUACAGAAAUCAAGUACGUUAAUAUCAUACACGUGUGGCCUCAACUGUUAAAAAUAUAUUUAUAAUAGGAAACAUCUAUAAUAACUACCGUUCAUGUUCCACUUUCUGAGCGAUCACACUUCAAUGCAUGGGAAUUACAUCAACGUGGCGUCAAUGUUUUAUUUUAAGACCGUCGUUCUUUUGUGCUUUUUCACACAACUGUGGCACAUAUUAAAGGGGAGGCCAGCCCAAAAAUUGAACAUUGGUAAAACAUUCCAAACAGUCCCAUGUGCUGAUCUGGCAUCGCAUGGGGUGUAUAAAAAGCCGCUUCAUGGAGAUGCACAUAGAGAGUCGUCGCCGCAGAAAGAAAGAUCAGUCAGCAGAUCGCCACGAUGAGUCGCAGCCCGGAAAGGAUGUCCUCGUACCGCCGCCACUUUGAGGAAUGUACUGCCAGCAGCGCCUCUUACCGCGGGCGGCUGCCCAGCCUGUCCCCGCCCCGCCGCACAGUGCGGCCACGCUCCGCCAGUUGGAACCGCACAUCCGACCGAAAUGUACCAGGAGACUGGACAUGGGCAGGCAGGGGCACCGCCUCGGAACUGUUUGGACGUCGCAUGACAAGCUUGGGAACGAUAUACCUGGCUACAGGGUCUACUCUGGAUCUGGACGCCGCCACCGCCAAAAAUCAGGAAUUCAUGAGCACAAGAAGCAAAGAAAGGAAGGAGAUGGUGAUUCUGAAUGACAGGCUGGCUGCUUACAUCGAGAGGGUUCGGAACUUGGAACAGGACAAUCGGAUUCUGGAGGCAGAGGUGGAGUCUCUGAAGAAUCAGUGUCUGCCUCCACAAGGCCUGAGGCUUCUGUAUGAGGAAGAGCUCUGUGAUCUACACCAUUUAGCUGAUCAGAUGAAAGCUCAGAGGGACAUGACAUUUGCUGCAAGAGAUGCCAUGACUGGUGAAUUGGAGAUCAUAAAGACGAAAUAUGAAGAAACUGUUGUGGCUCGGAAGAAGUCCGAUGAUGAAAUUGAGGCAUUCCGCCCAGUUGUUGAUGCUACCACUACAACAUGUAUGGACCUUGAAAAGCAGCUGAACAACCUAGAAGCUGAACUAGAAUUUCUGAAGAGAUUGCACAAGGAGGUAAUUGAAGAACUAAUGAAGCAGAUCUAUAACAUUGCCAGUGUUGAUGUGAGUUACACAAUUCCAGAUUUGGCUGCGACUCUUAAAGAUAUUCAACUUCAGUAUGAAGAAAUAUCAGCAAAGAAUUUGAAGGAAAUGGAUGAAUGGUAUAAAAGCAAUUUUUUUGAUCUGAAUCAAACAUCUGCCAAACACAUAGGAAACAUGCGAAGUUCACGGGAAGAACUUGCAAAAUAUAAAAAAAAUUUUCAACGCAGUCGGAUGGAAUUGGAUGCACUGAAGGCCCGAAGGGAAUUACUGGAGGCUCAAAAAAAAGAGGCUGCAAAUAAAUAUAACAAAGAGAUUGAAGACCACGAGAACAAGGCUGAACACUUACGGCAAGAAUUGGAUGCCAUUAAGGAAAAAAUUGCCUUACAUCUACGGGAAUAUCAGGACUUACUGAACAUUAAGAUGGCUCUGGAGGUUGAAAUUACAACAUACAGGCAGUUGAUUGAAGGAGAAGAUUCUCGCCUGUCAACAGUGAUGAGUGGGUUUUAUGUGUUGGAGCAUGGAAACCGCAGUGCCACUGAGAACAUUUCUAAGGAGCAGGCUGUCAAGAUGACAGAAAGGAAAACUAUACAUAUCAGAACUGUUAAAACAGAUGAAGAUGUAUUGCAAAAAGACACGCAAGAGAGAACCAUUACAAUCUCUGGUGCUGCAGAUUAUAGUGAUGAAGAAUAAGAACUUUAGAAACAAUGAUCAAAUUGGUUUAAAAUUCUGUGACAUUUAUUAUAAUGCUCUGAAUUCCUUUAUAAAAGUGCCAUUGAAUAUUGAAAGAGUAGAAUUUCAAUAACAUUGGCUUGAACGCAAUGCCAACACUGUGAUUUUGCUUCUUUAAAUAAAAGUACCAGC